CUGCAUGAGCGUAGAUUCCCCUUCCAACCCUUAUCUGCUGAACUGCUACCUCUGUGUGUGCAUCUCUCACAGAAAUGAAUUUCCUGGGCAUCACUUUGAUUCUGGGACUCUUUGCGGGGUUAUGGGCUCAGAUGAACGUGAUAAAGCCCAAGUGUGACUCCUUCGAAGCGGAGGAGGCUGCUCUGGUGGCUCAGGAUUACCUCAAUGCCCAGCACACUCAUGGCUACAAGUAUGCACUGAACAGGGUUGAAGAUAUCAAGAUAUAUACUAAGCCUGAUGGAGACAUCUAUGUGCUGGAAGUUGACCUGCUGGAGACAAACUGUCAUGUGCUGGAUCCCACACCCCUUGCCAACUGCACAGUCAGGCCAAAAAUAUCUACGGCAAUAGAAGGAGAUUGUGAUGUGGUGCUGAAGAAGGUUGGCGGAGCUCUGACGGUCUUAGCUUUUAAGUGUAAAACUGAUGAAUCCACGGAAGACCUGUGUGUUGGCUGUGCUACCCUCCUUCCCCUAAAUGACACCGCAGCCCUGGACUUUGUCCAAGCCUCUUUGGCAACCUUCAACAACAGGACUGUGAAUGUAACAUACGCUGUAAAGGAGGUUGGAAGGAUGUCAUCAAAGGUUGUAUCUCGUGGACCGAUCUAUUCAGCAGAAUAUGUUAUUGCUGAGGCUAAUUGCACUGAGGAUGCCUGCACGCCCCUGCAUGACCUCGCAGCUGUGCGUGGCUUUUGCACUGCAGAAGGUUUGAGCACUGAUCACACAGUGGAUUGCAAGAUGUUUUCAACUCUGAUGCCCGUUGAUGCCAAGACUGUAGCAGAUUCCAACAGUACUGCAGCAGAUUCCAACAGCACUGCAGCCAUGCCAUCAGUGGUCCACAUACACCUAAGCAGCCAGUCACCCAAGCAUGGUCUGAAACACCACAAACUAACAGCUCUACAUGACCCUCACCAAAGUGAUUUUCUGUCUUCAGAAUCAGCAGAGUCAGUUCAAGGGGUAACCGUAGCCUCUUUAGUUGCUGGUGUAGCUGCUGCUCCUCCUUCUCCAGAUAGUAUCUCUGGAUCGUCCUCCGAUUCCUCAGCAAGUGCAGAGGUCCCCGUUGUCGUGGUGAAAAGAGAUUUACCUGCUGCAACCAUCGCUUCAGUGAUGGACAAUCCCAUUACUCCUGUGCCAGUGUGCCCAGGAAGGGUCAGAUUAUUUUGAGUUAAUUCCCACAGAUCCUAAACCCACUUGCUUUAGCUACACCUGUAGAGUAAUAACUGACAUGGCAUGGAAAUGGUAAUUGAUUACCAUUUCCCAUAAGCAGAUUUAACACACCAAUUUGGUACUCAUGAUGCAUGGCAAACAGAAUUACUGUACAAUGUAUAUUAAAGAUUUGUCUUUAUUCCAAUGGA